AUGUCCCUCAAGAGCCGUUUUUGUUGCGGUUUUGUUACCUCCCAUCGCGACAUCGUUUUUCACAUCUCCCCCCGUGUAGCACAAAUGUUAUCCAAUAGACCUAGCGAUAUUAUUUUCCAUAAAAUCAAUUUUUUCCUCCGCGAUGGUACAGAAAUAAAACAACCCACAAGAACCAACAUCCAUAUACUUUCAGCGUGGAAAUCCUCAACCCUGACAAGCUAUAACAGCGCAGUCACAAAGUUCAUCCAGUUCCAGAAGAGUGGCGGGAUAAUAUCUUUCCGUUUGCCGAUCACAGGGAAAACGCUUGAAGAGUUUUGCAUUUGGGCCGGGCGAAACGCAGUGACCUCGAACGCAGGGAAAAUUUCUGCAUCUUCUCUGCGAAAGUACAUCGCAGGAUUGAAAGCCUGGCACGUAUACCACGACGUCGCUUUCCCGACCGUCAACAAAACGCGGAUAGAUCUGAUUUUGAAAGCGUCGAGUAGGGAGGACGAAACAUUGACGAAGCAACCUGCUAAGUCCCCAAUUAUGUUCUGGCAUAUGUCGUACUUGUGGGUCAACCUGGUACACGGGGACGAUUUCGACAAGGCGCUGUUAGACUUGGCGAUCGUCGCAUUCUGGGGGCUAGCCCGACUCGCAGAGCUAACUUACGCCACGGGAGGUGGUGUUUUGGAUUUUGUGAGCUCAGUGUUAACAACGGACGUGACUUUGGGAGCGGACGCCGUGUUCGGGGAAACGGCAACUCUAACAUUGCGGAACACCAAAACGGGCCAGCCAGGGCGCCCACAACUAGUCACGCUCGCUGAGCAAAAGCAUGUGCUGUGCCCGGUCACAGCCAUAAGACGUCGAUUGUCUUCGGCAGAAGGGUCGAGGACGUCACUAUUUGGCUACGGGUCGGGUGAACGAAGGCGACACUUAACCAGGACCCAGUCGGUCGCUCGCUUGGAAUCCGUGCUGGCAAGCGGCGGUUUCACAGGCCUCAAAGGACACUCCUUCAGGGUAGGAGGCGCAUCCUUCCGCGCGGCUUUUGGCAUGUCGCACGCCGACAUUUGCCUACUGGGUCGAUGGAAAUCAGACUGCUACAAGUUAUAUCUCAGAGAGUACUCCUCGGGCGACCUGUCGAAGACUAAAGCCCUUGUUAAGCAGUUCAAACGGAGUUGGACACGGAUGGAAUCUUGA